AUGAACCUCGUGGGCAGCUACGCACACCAUCACCACCAUCAUCACCACCCGCACCCCGCGCACCCCAUGCUCCACGAGCCUUUCCUCUUCGGCCCAGCCUCGCGCUGUCACCAGGAGCGGCCCUACUUCCAGAGCUGGCUGCUGAGCCCAGCUGACGCUGCCCCGGACUUUCCUGCCGGGGGGCCACCACCCACAGCCGCUGCGGCCGCCGCCGCCUACGGUCCGGACGCUAGGCAAGGCCAGAGUCCCGGGCGGCUGGAAGCGCUCGGCGGCCGCCUGGGCCGGCGGAAAGGCUCAGGACCCAAGAAGGAACGGAGACGCACGGAGAGCAUUAACAGCGCGUUCGCAGAACUGCGCGAGUGCAUCCCCAACGUGCCCGCCGACACCAAGCUCUCCAAGAUCAAGACUCUGCGCCUGGCCACCAGUUACAUAGCCUACCUGAUGGACGUGUUGGCCAAGGAUGCACAGGCUGGCGACCCCGAGGCAUUCAAGGCUGAACUCAAGAAGGCGGAUGGCGGCCGCGAGAGCAAGAGGAAAAGAGAGCUGCAGCAGCAUGAAGGCUUUCCUCCUGCCCUGGGCCCAGGCGAGAAGAGGAUUAAAGGGCGCACAGGCUGGCCGCAGCAAGUCUGGGCGCUGGAAUUGAAUCAGUGA